ACGACGGCUGUUGCGUGUCGAUGUUAUUGCAGUCAGCUGGCUGGAACAGUUGGAUACUAUGUGCAAAACCGGAAGUGGUCAAGAAGGGAGGACGGAGGGGAGAUGUACCUAAUAUAAUGGACUUGAUAAGAAGAGUUUUGCUGUUACGAGCUCCCAGAGAAGACAAUGAGCAUGACCCAUAUCAACAGAUAUUUGCAGAAGGAGGCAUAGAUGCCACGUCCAUCUCACCUCUCAGCUUUGACUUCCUCAACCUUGAAGAGCUCUACGCUCACAUCACCCAUCCAGAGAAGUAUUCUGGGCUUGUGUUCUCCAGUGCCAGAACUGUCCAGGCGGUGGAGAAAUGUGUCAGUCGGUUCUCUAGCCUUGAAGAAUGGCAGAGAACAUUACAGAAGGAUUGGGCAGCUCUACCCACUUACACCGUGGGGACGGCCACUGCUUCAGCUGCCAGAGAUUUAGGGUUGACUGCAUUGGGUGAGGAUGCUGGUAGCGCCGUCAAUCUAGUCAAAGUCAUCAAAGAAGGUAUAACUCCAGGUAGCAAGCCUCUGCUUAUACCUCGUGGGGAACUGGCGAGAGAAGAACUCACAAAGGGCCUGAAUCAAGCAGGUAUCAGCUAUGAGGUGGACACUGUGUAUCAGACGAUAAGCAGUCCAACAUUGGAAGGCAAUGUGGAAAGAUACUUUGAAACGGCUGUACCCAAUGCCAUUGUCUUCUUCAGUCCUUCUGGUGUCAGCUUUUCAGCUGAUGUCCUCAAGAGACUGAAUACUGCCGACAUCAGAUUCAUAUCUAUCGGUCCGACAACAACUGCAGCAAUGGAGGAGCAGGGGUACACAGUGGCAGCAACGGCGACAAAGCCAAACCCAGAGACACUGCUGAAGACCAUUCUCGAACUGAGAGACAAGGUGUCAUGACCAAGACAAGACGCUUCUAGAUGCUCUUCAAAGACCUGAUCCGUGGAGAAGUCUCAGUGUAUCAAGUUCUUCCAGAACGUUGUUUUUUUUAGGACAGAACCGGUAUAACUGUUUUGCCCAACUGUUACUACAAAAAGAAUAUUGGUGCCUCGCAGUGUGUACUACUUCUUGACUGAACAGUCAGAACUUACACGUAUACAGCCAUUUCAGAUUCAAGUCGCUGAACAUGCAUCUGUGCCCUGUAGUUGUGGUGUUGGCACGACUGCAGAUAUCAGGCCUUUUAUAAGACUGUAGGAAGAGAUAUUAAGUAAUAUUAUACUGAAAUAAUGAGCUACAAUUGUAAAAGUAUUACCGUAAAUUGUAGUCACUGUCAAGUUGCUGAACAUGCAUCUGUGCCCUGUAGUUGUGGUGUUGGCACGACUGCAGAUAUCAGGCCUUUUAUAAGACUGUAGGAAGAGAUAUUAAGUAAUAUUAUACUGAAAUAAUGAGCUACAAUUGUAAAAGUAUUACUGUAAAUUGUAGUCCCUGUAGUCAGUUGAUUAUCAACACCUGCAGCCCUAGCACAAAUGGAAUCAGUAGAUUAGUCAGUGUGCUUCGGGGGCUCCAUAUGCAUUUUUGGGUACAAUCUUUCAAACUCUCAGAAUCAAGUUUAAAAGCACUUCAUGCCAUUUUUUCUGACCCUUUUAUGGGCGGGGCCAUGACAUUAAAAAGUGGGGGCUUUGUGCAAAAAAAAACUGAUUCAGAUAAUGUCAGUUUUCUUUUUGCCAUUUUGACAGCUCACCCAAAUGCUGUAAAGGGCAAUCUUGGUGUGGUUUUGUUUCCAUCCAGUAUAGUGAACGGGGGUGGAUAAUAUUUACAUGUCAAAUCUUAAACUUUUGUUUGUGUCACAACUUUUUCAUUAAAAGGGGAUGCAUCUUGCAUAUGAACAAAAAAAUCAACAAUCUGACCCAAAUUUUGAUGUUUUUCUUAUUUUAUUAAAGACACUAAAUAAACAAACCUAUGAAGCUUAGUAUUGUUGCAAUGAAAUUGUAGCUGGUAUGUCAUUGUUUUGGGGGGGAAAUUAAAAUUUCCAAAAGAGGUAGGGAAAGAGUGAUUUCACAUAAAAGGCCACAUUUAUGUUAUUUUUUGGUCUGAAUUCCGCAAAUAUUACUAUACAUAUGUAAAUGUAUCUCAAUUGCUAUAUGUUCAUUUGACAACUGAAAUUGACAUUCAAAUUUGAUUGUUACAUUAAAUUUACUCAUUUUCUGGUUUUUA